GGGGCGGGCCACACUCAUAUAGGCUACCUAAAGAAAACCUUCUAUGUACACUGCUACUUCUGGUUUGGGUAGAUGGCGUCGUUGGCAGCAAUAGAGCCAGGGCUAAGCCCGGGGACAUUACCGAAAGAGGAAUCCGUAGUACCAGUUUCUAUAUUCGCACCGGACUGUGGGGAUGACCUUUCAGGGGCAGAGUGCUUCGAAGACGGAGAGAAUGUUAACGGCGAGUCCGAGGAUCAUUUAGACUUUACUAGCAAGCUGACUCUGGUCAGCCCCACAGGAGAACAGUAUGACUCGUUACUACGGCAACUCCGAGAGAGGAUGGAUGAAGGAUGUGGGGAGACCAUUUAUGUGGUGGGAGUGGGCUCAGACGGAGGUGACUAUGGUCUGGACGAGGGGGACAUGGAGGCGUCAGUGGCCACGGUUCAAUCCCUGUGUGAGCAGAUAGAGGCAGACAUGAUCCUGCUGAGAGAACGUAGCGACGCAGGGGGGAAAGUACGAGACUACCUCAUCCGCCGACGGGUCGGAGAGGAGGACUUCCUGGAAGUGAGGGUGGCGGUGGUGGGUAACGUGGAUGCCGGUAAGAGCACCCUGCUGGGGGUGUUGACCCACGGGGAGCUGGACAACGGCAGGGGGUUCGCCAGGCAGAAACUCUUCCGACACAAACACGAGAUGGAGAGCGGCAGGACCAGCAGUGUGGGGAACGACAUCCUGGGCUUUGACCAGGAGGGACAUGUGGUGAAUAAGCCAGAUAAUCACGGGGGCAGCCUGGACUGGACUAAGAUCUGUGAGAGGUCCUCUAAGGUCAUCACCUUCAUAGAUCUGGCCGGCCACGAGAAGUACCUGAAAACCACUGUGUUUGGAAUGACCGGACACCUACCAGACUUCUGUAUGCUCAUGGUGGGCAGUAAUGCAGGUAUUGUAGGGAUGACCAAGGAGCAUCUAGGUUUGGCUCUAGCCCUGAAUGUACCCGUCUUUGUAGUGGUCACCAAGAUAGACAUGUGUCCAGCCAACAUCCUAGCAGAGACACUGCAUCUGUUACAGAGGUUACUGAAGUCCCCAGGAUGUAGAAAGAUCCCAGUACUGGUUCAAAACAAAGAUGACGUUAUCGUCACUGCAUCCAACUUCAGCUCAGAGAGGAUGUGUCCAAUCUUCCAGGUCUCCAAUGUAACAGGAGACAACAUGGAUCUUCUGAAGAUGUUCCUCAACCUACUGUCUUCUAAAACCUCCUAUAGAGAAGAUGAGCCUGCCGAGUUCCAGAUCGAUGACACCUACUCAGUACCGGGUGUGGGCACAGUAGUAUCCGGCACUACGUUACGUGGAUUGAUACGACUGAAUGACACGCUGCUGCUCGGCCCAGACCCCCUGGGCAGUUUCCUCUCCAUCGCUGUCAAAUCUAUCCACCGCAAGAGGAUGCCUGUCAAAGAGGUCCGGGGGGGACAGACCGCCUCCUUCGCGCUCAAAAAGAUCAAGCGUUCCUCCAUCAGGAAGGGGAUGGUGAUGAUCUCUCCCAGACUAACACCUCAGGCUACCUGGGAGUUCAUGGCUGAGAUACUGGUCCUGCACCACCCCACCACCAUAUCCCCACGAUACCAGGCUAUGGUGCACUGUGGCAGCAUCAGACAGACAGCCACCAUUCUGACCAUGAACAGAGACUGUCUACGUACCGGGGACAAGGCCUCAGUCCACUUCAGAUUCAUCAAGACCCCCGAGUACCUCCACACAGACCAGAGACUGGUGUUCAGAGAGGGACGCACCAAGGCUGUGGGCACCAUCACCAAGCUGCUCCAGUCAGUCACCAAGGCCCAGCAGGCCAAGAUGCAGUCCACUAAGAAGGGCACCAUGUCAGCCAAUGAAGAGGCAGGAUCCGCACCGCGGCCUGACAGCCCCAGCGCAGGACAGCUACCGACAGUGGGGGAGGAGGAGACGCUAUGUAAAGACGGCAACAACGAGAACCAGCCCAAGUCAGGAGGUGGAGGCAGGAGGAGAGGGGGUCAGAGACACAGAGGAAAAGCCCUGAACAGCACCACAUCACCAACAUCACAACACACACCAGCUGCAGCAGGAGUGGGCACCACUGCCUAACCCCCCCCCCACACCAUUUCCUCUCUCGCUACUCUCGUCUACAUCCACUCUUCUAUAUCUCCUCCUCUUCAUCUUGUUUUGUAAUCAUUCUUGUUCCAAUUGAGGGCGAAGGAAUGAAUGUAGCAAAGAAAAGGAGGAGAAGUGAAACCUGCAUUAAUCCUAAAUGACACGGCUUAACAUGUCCAUCCGAGUUAGAUCACCAUUACAGAGUAGUUCUAGAACAUCGUUAAAUGUUACUAUGGCAACUAACGACUGAACUGGCUCCUGGAAAAUAGCAGAAAGAAGCAGUUGACUCAAUCUAACAGACAUGGUGUAGUAAUAAAAACAAACACGGUUUUAUUACAGAUUCAUUAUGUAGACCGGAAACAAAUGGUGUUCAGGCUCUGAGAUCUGUUGUCUUAAGGGGUCGUCAUCCAGUCUAAUAAUGACUGACUCCAGAUUCAAUCUAACAGGAAAUAAAUGGUGUCGUUCACAAGGUUUAGAUGAAAUCUAACAGACCGGACAUGGCAUAGGAGUCAUAAGGUUUAGAUAUUUGUUAUUCCAUUCGUCAUUAUUUCGACAGAGGAAUAGUGUACUCCAAGGUCUCCACUCAAUCUAAUAGAACAGGACAGGUGUAGUUCAGACACAGGGAUAGUCCUACCUAACCACCCCAAGGACAAUGUUCACUAGGCUCAUACACUGCCAUCUGACUAUACAUAAAACAGUGGUUCUGAAACAUUUGGAUCAGGACUCACUGUAGGUCCAUGUUUUGUUCUAUUUUAAUAGGAAAAACAACAAAUUUGGGCCUUGGAAAACCUGGUGUACAAAACCUAUCAUUUAGAUGUGUGCCUUUUUAGAUGUCUGCCCCAAAAAAGCAUUGAGUGGAAACUAUGAAAGCUGUGUUUUUAAGUAGUGGAUUUUGGUCUUGGAGAAAUGAAGUGAGCUACAAUGUUCAAAGUUCUGUCCGUCUUUUGCAGUCAGAAAUGUUGACGCGUGCUGAAGAACACAGGCCGCAUAUCUGUUCUAUAAUUAAUUUCAAUAGAUUUGGGAAUCGUUGCUCCGCUACCCUUGUAGCGUGUCCUGUUUUGUAUUAUUUAUGUGUCUUUCAUAGAUGAAAGGGUUUGGAGACGAAGGUUAAUACGGCUUAAAGGCGUUUCUGGAGGAUUUAGACGUUUUCCAUGUUCUCCUCCAUACCCUCUCAAGGACAUUGUUUGAGCCCAAAAACGCAGGCGGAAUAGUAGUUUUAAGAUUUGUUUUUAUUCAGUUUCUAGUCAUGCACACCUAUAAGAUUUGUUGGUGGAACUAGGGGUUUUGGGAUUGAAGAUUUUAGGUUAAUCCAUUUCCAUACUUGAUAUGAUUCAAAUUGAUUUUUUUUCCUAAGCUUUGAUAUGGUUUUAUCAGGUGGUGUGAGCAUUUUUAUUUUGGGUUUGGAUUGGGACAGGUUUCAGUGGUGGAAGGCUUGGAUUGGUUGUUACCACCAGGCAGAAGUUACACUUUAGUACAAUUCUAGGAUCAGUUUAUCCAAUGUCGUGGUAAUUUCCUGUAUUACUAAAUAAUGAGUUACAAACCACACACCAGUCAGAGUUAUACUUAAAUGUCAUCUUUUAAUAAUAUGAGCUUCACCAUAGCCCUGUGACUCUCAGAUCAGUUCAGUGUCUAUAAAUUAAUUCUCUGAGAGUGUCAACAUAAUGGCAACUGAGAUCUUUUAUAGCAAAGAUCCACCCCCUAGUCGACAUGACAAACCACAAAUCUUAGGAACUUCACAAAGGGCCUUAUACUUACAAAAAGGAGUAUCCCAUAGCCAGAUAGCAUUAGCUAUAAAUUAUCGUUCAGUUUGGUCUCUUAGACAAGGUUCUACUUCUCGUUCUUGGUACUUCCUAGUACCAAAACAUUACCUCAUUCAAUGGCAUAUCUAUUGUCAAUUAUAGAUACUCCCAUCUCAAAUACACCCCCUCCUGGACAAGCUCACGGAGGAGAGUGAGCCUCUAGGUCAUAUACUAGGUCAAGAGAAGGGCAACAUCAGAGGGGUAAUACAAGGGUUCCAGACACUGCCAUACUCCUCCCCCCAAUGGGAAGAGGAGGGAGUGAUUGGAGUACAGACAUGGUGGAGCCCUUCAAAUGGUUUAGGAACAGACACAUUCAAAUAUGAAGACAAUUCUGACCUCUCCCCUCUCUGGGCCCCAAGUGUCUAUCUCAAAUAAGCAUAUUCUGAAAGUAAAUAAAACAUAUUUUAUCAAUGUUACCUAACUAAUUCUGAUUCAGCUACGACACCAAUCACAGAUGUUAUCCUUUAGUAUUAGAGGAAACAACUGACCUUAGAUCUGGUCUAAAGGUAACCUCAUUUUAUUUCUUAUUCUCUGCUUUUAUGAUGGAUGUUGAUCUCAAUACAUUCAACAACUAUUUUAUUUUUUUUAGAUAAUAUUAGUGUAUACAUUUUCUUUUUGAAUGGACCGAGUGACACAUUUUUGUGUCUGCAUCUUAUGUACAAAAAUGAAAGUUGCGCCGAAAGAAAAAGAAAGCCCUUUAACUUAACACAGUGGUGCCAGUUUGUUGUAAAUCCUUUCAAAUAAAGAUGUUUCAGAGUA